CUAGAUUGGCACAGAUGUGUCCCCUUUGUAAAGCUCUCAGUCAAAGCCUAAAUGGGCUUCAGAAGAGCUCCUUUCGGCACCCAGUGAGAAACUUUUCGAUUUUCAUAGCCAUUUGUGAUACGUUUCUUAGCUCUAUGCAUGCUGUUUCAUUUGCGACAUCGCGCAUCUUCCCAGUUCUCUGUUUCUCCUCCGCCAGUGCAUCAUGGGACAAAGGCAGCUGGGAAGUGCCGGCUCUCCUUCUCAUCUCUGCGCGUGCGUGCGUGAGCGACUGGAGGACUAAGGCUGGGGAGAUGCUGGGAGAGAAUCCGCAACUGUCAGUGCACUGACAACACAACAGCAUGGAUUCCAAGUGUUGCACUCAGUCUGCCCGAUGGUCCAAGUCAGCCAUCUAUACACUGCUCCUAGGAGGUACCUUUGUUUCCUUGGGUUCAAGUCGUAUCCUUUUGAUGAAAUACUCUGCUAAUGAAGAUAAUAAGUAUGAUUACCUUCCUGCAACUGUGAAUGUGUGCUCAGAAUUAGUUAAGCUGGUACUCUGUCUGAUAAUGGCCCUUUGGGUAAUCAGAAAAGGAGGAUAUUCCCAUAGUGGAUUUGGCUGCAGCUCAUGGAGACAAUUGUAUAGCUACAUAAAGUGGUCAAUUCCAGCUUUUCUUUAUUUUUUAGAUAAUCUGAUUGUCUUCUAUGUGUUGUCCUACCUUGAACCAGCCAUGGCUGUUCUGUUCUCAAAUUUUGUUAUCAUAACAACAGCUCUUCUGUUCAGAAUAGUACUGAAACGGCAGGUCUCCUGGGUGCAAUGGGCAUCUUUGCUGAUUCUGUUCCUGUCUAUUGUAGCUCUAACUGCAGGGACAGGAAGCAGUAAGCAUAGCUUGGCUGUGCAUGGAUUUCACCAUGACGUUUUUCUCAGCCAUUCAAACAGUUGUCUGCAGUACACCAAGCCAGAAGAAGAAUGUUGGGGAAAAGAGAAUUGCACCCUUAAAUGGUCCUUCCCUGGCUUUAGCUGGAAUGUCACAACUGCUGCAGGACCCAUGAAAACAGUUCGUCUUGGACUGGGACAUCUGCUCAUACUACUACAGUGUUUUAUUUCAGCAUUAGCCAAUAUCUACAAUGAAAAGAUACUGAAAGAAGGAGGCCAAUUCAGUGAAAACAUCUUCGUGCAGAAUACCAAGCUGUACCUCUUUGGAGCUAUGUUUAAUGCUCUGAUGCUAAGCCUGUGCUCUGAAAACAGACGCCGGAUAGAAUAUUGCGGUUUUUUCUAUGGUCACAACAUAUUCUCUGUGGCCCUUAUUUUUGUCACUGCCUUCCUGGGGCUCUCAGUGGCCUUCAUUUUGAAGUUCCGAGACAACAUGUUUCAUGUUUUGACUGCACAAGUUACAACAGUGAUCAUCACCACUGUGUCAGUUUUUGUAUUUGACUUUAAGCCUUCCAUGGAGUUCUUCUUGGAAGCACCUGUAGUUCUUUUGUCUAUAUUUAUCUAUCACUCCAGCAGCCCUCGUUGCAUGGAAUACACUGUUCAGUGGGAGAGGGGCAAACAUAAUGGAGGUGCAUGGGAGCGCUCUAGCGGGGAUGGAGAAGAACUUGAGAGACUCACCAAACCAGGCAGUGAUCAUGAUUCAGAUGAGGAGGCCUUAUAGCAAAGCUCCAGCUUUUAUGUGAUCCAGCAGGGCUGCUCAUGUUCCUGUAUAUCUGUUCUCCUAAACUGAAGAUUUAUUUUUGCAGCAAAAGAGUCAUUGGAAUUUAGAAGACUUUGGGUGCAGAAGGGAAGCAUCAUUUUAAACCAUGUAUUUUGAGACAGCUGAUACUUUCACUUUAAAAUAAAGAGACUGGAGUGCUACUAAAGCUGACCAAGAUACCUCAGUUCAGAGAUGAUGUGAGAGAAGAAUUUAUUGAUGGAAUUGUGAAAGCUAUCAUUUUUUAUAACACUCCAGAAGUACAGUCCUCAAAAUAAUUUGAAUUAUUGCAUACCAUAAACACAGAGAUGAAAUGGUAACAUUUUCUUGUGUGUCAGGUGUGCUUUGCACCUUAAGCUUUGGCAAAAAUUGUUGCCGCCAUGUGUAUAUGCCUUGGGAACCAUAAUAAAUUGUGGAUCUUUUAUAUGACUAUCCCUGUGAAUAUGCACUGUUAAAAUCUGCAUAUGUUUUAUUGUCAAUUUUAGAGUAAUUAGGAUAUAAUUUGAGUAUGAAAGCCAGUAUUUGGGCAUCUAUAUGUUUUCAUCAUCAAAAAUCAGAUGGGUUAUCCAGCUGGUGGAUCAAGCACAUAUUUUAAAUGAAUAGGAAAUUAAUAACAUUGCCUUCUAGCCAUUUUGCACAUUUUACUACAAUUUGGAUACUAUUUUUAGUAUUGCUGCAUAAAAUAGAUUAAUUAUGUAUUUAAGCAUAAAAUUAAAGAUUAUUUCUUUUAAAAUACACCAUCAGAAUUAUCCUUCCAGAAUAGUGCAAAACAGGGCUGAGGAAGUUGCAGUAUUCCAAGUAUUUGUUCAGUCUUAGCCAGUGUGGCUGAAGGGAUGAUGGGAGUUGCACUCUUAACAUCUGUGGGUUGAGUUAUAAAGUUUUCUACUCCUAGUAUAAACCAUGUAACACUGGAUAACAUUGCACAUAUUUCUUUUUACAUGCUGUUGUGUUGUGUCAGAAAUUGUCUUGAGUAUGUUCAUGUGGCAGCAAGCUAUGUGUUCCAAAUGAAUUGUUACUUUCCCUGGUGAAUAAUUGAUGUGCAGCUACCCCAGGUCAGUGCUAUACAGAUGUGUUAUGCCAUCAUUUAUCCAGUGAUUAUUCUUGAUGGGGAAUUGUAGUCUAAUUAUAUUUGGAAGUCACCAGGUUGGAGGAGACUGUUAUGGCAUGUUGGCCAGGAAUGUUUGUAAUCCAGUAUUUCUAAUCUUUAACGGAAAUUGUGAACAUAGGCCACCUGUCAUCUUAGGUAAUACCUUUAAGACUCUGCUCAUACCUAGGUUAUGUACUAGGAAUCUCAACUUCUUAAAGAGGUGUUACCUACCCUAUAAAUAUUUCCUUAGCUUUCUAUUUGGAACUGGCAAACUGGAGUGCCUCUCCAUGAUUGAGUUGUCGUUGAUGUUCAGUCUGUCUUUUGUACACAUUGAUGUUUGUCUCUGGGUUAAGUUCUGUAAAAGUACAGCAUGGGGACAAAAGAGACAGGGAUAAAAUGCAGUGCAACACAGAAAGUUUGUAUGUUUAAAGCUGUAACUGCAUGCAAAAUUUCUGUGGAUGUGAUAGAGAAAAUAAUAUGUUUUUCUAGCAUGGAUUAUUCAGUUUUGGAAUGACAAUGUAUAAAAGAAAUAGUAUGACUGGAUCUAAGAGAUUUAGCAACUGAUUUAUAGAGAUUUCUAAAUUAUAUUGUGCAAAAUAAUGCUUGAAUUGGGAUGUGAAUCUUUCACUUCAGUUGUACACUAAUUCAGGUUUAAGAUUCAUUUGUAAAGAUGACAGCAAUGGCAAAAGUUGAUACUGCUUAGGAAAAUUAUUGGAAGAGGAAUGUAUGAAAAAGCUGUGCAAAUAUUCCAAUCAGUGUUAUUGUGUUGAUAUAAAGUGGUCCUAUUAAUUUCACACACAACAUUUUAAAUGAUAUUUUUCUCUGAUGUUGCUACCACACUGGAACCUGUCAUAAUGAAGCAUCCCUUUGAAUAGUUUAUCUUACUUUUGUAGCAUUCAUUCAUAAAUACUGUUUGAAAUAAGGAUUUCUUUUAUCACCUUUGUUGAUGCAAGUAUCCACUGUGCUUUAAUAUUUGUGGAAGCCUUGAUGGUUUCUGAAAAAGUAGUUCUAACAUAACAGAAUGCAUGUUCCGUAAUGGCAGUUGUUUAAAUACAGUUGCAAGACGAACUCUGCCUGACUUGCCUACUAGUGCGUGGAGUUAAUGAAAAUUUGGGAUAUUUUUCUUUUUCUUUUGAAUUGUUUUUGAGACCAGAAAAAUAUGCUAGGUACUGUGCAUCAGCUAGGUAAAUGGAUGUUGGUUUUAUGUAUAACAAUGGAACUAAAGACAUAAAUUAAUAUUCUAGUGACCAGUAUGCACUUUCCAAAACUGUAAGAAAUCCUCAAAUACAUAUUUUUAAAAGCCAGUAAUGUCACAUACAUACAUACAUACAUACAUAUUUAUGCUUUCAGUACUGUAUGAAUUUGUACUAGGCUCUUAGUGGAGUCUUUUAAGAUACAUCAAACUGUUCCAUAAACUGGGUAUCACCUCUUCCCAACUUCAAGGUCUUCGAUACCCUAGAAUUUGCUCAUGCAAAAGAAUAAAGUGAUAAUUUUUGCAAGCAAAUAUGUCCUUAUUUCUUCUUCUGUUUCAGGCAGGACAUAUCCAAAGGAAAUGAAUGCAUUAUAAAACUUGUAUUCCAAGUUAUAUUUGUUCUAUAUAUAAUUAUAGCCUGUUAAUGAAGAGUAGAGGUCCACUGUAUUUGUAUAUUUCAGUGCAGAUGUGUCAUGGAGACAAAUGGCAAAUAGGAAGUGGCUGAUUAAGCAUUCCUGACCUGAUUCUUUUUUGCAAGGGCCUACAUGGCUAUUGGGUUGGAUAUAGAGUACUUUAAUGAUUUUCCCUUUAUGGAAAAAUGACCUGAGCGGGUGUUUUCUGGAUAGAAUAGGAAGAUAUGGAAAAGGUUAAAUAUUCAUCUGUCAUCCAGCCCUCUUCAAAGAUUCCCCUUUUGCAUUCAUGUGGCCUGGCAGACUCAUUUAAGGAACAUAUAUUUGCCCAUUGAAUAUGUGAUUUGUGUUGAGAACAAUACUGCUUUGUGUGGCUUAUGUGGAAUUUAACAAGAAAUUUCUUGAAAGAGAAGAUUCCAAUGUUUUUUGCAUUAGUGGGGUGUAGCUUGUUUUGCAAAUAAAAUACCUAAUACACAAAAACAAAAAUAAAUAAAAAACAAGACUGUCAAAUUUAAA